CGCACAGCUCCUGACCGGACAGCCUUGAGAAAUGCUCAACUGCGAGCCCGCCCGCUCUCCUCCCCCGCCCCUCAACGUCCCCAGCAGGCCAACAACUCCCCCGACCCCCCGCCAGCAGAACUCGUCCCCGCCAUCGGCCGAGCACCCUGUCACGACCACCGCCUCUCCAACCCAGAAGCGCGUCAAGGUCGAGCCUGCUCCGCCUCAAUCUACCCCCUACUCGGGAUAUCACGAUCAGCGCCACACUACCACCACUUUUACCCGCCCCACGACUAUUCGAGUAUGCCCCAUCGCGUCCACGGUGCUGAAAGAACCUCUGCUCACCACCCCGAAGACUCGUCCCACUACGGACGCAUGCACCAGCAGCCCACCCCGCCGCCAAUUGCCACUCUCCAUCACUCGCCUGCCAUGUCCACGUCCUCGCUUGCGAGUUCGUCCAUCUCUCCCUCCCCUCCCCCGUCCACGCCGUACUACCAGCACCCGGCCCCCAUGCACCAGGCGCCGGGUUAUCCGUACAACCCGAAUUCGAGCAUGAGCGCGCGAUACGCAUCUGAUGCCCACCAGACCUCUCCUUACGCGCCCGCGCCACAUUCCGGCCAAGUUUCCACGCGUGCCAUCCGCCCGUCCUACGUCGCGUCUCAGCCUUACCCCGGUCAGGCUAACUAUAUCAUCCACACCGAUGACGCUGCGACCAAGCUCAGCGACAGGGUCCGCCGCAAGUGCUACAACUGCCGAACAACCGACACGUCCACUUGGCGCCGCUCGAGCCUCACCCCCGGUAAAGUGCUGUGCAACAAGUGUGGUCUCUUUGAGCGCACGCACUCGCGCCCCCGCCCGGAACAGUUCCCCCACAAAAGAGGUCCCGUCGUGACUGCUUCCUUCAAGUCGUCCAGGACGCCCCCUCCGUCGUCGCGCCUUCCGCCCAUCUCGACCCACCAUAUGCACGCGCUCCCGCCGCACCACGCGAACCACCCGUCGCUUAUGCCCCGCGCCGACGCGAUGCAGCAGCAGCAGGCUCCGCCCCCUCCGGCCCUGCAGCAGCCGCAGCAGGGAAACUACCACAACGCGAGCACGCUGCCCGAAAUUCGCUCGCUGCUCAACACCCCUGCGACGGGCUCGCCGUCGUCGACGCACGAGACGCUCGACGCGCAGAACCGGCCAGCCUCGCCAGCGCAGUCGGGCACGCCCUCGGGUGGGAGCCCGAGGUCCGAGCGUCGUGAUUCGUACCGCUCCACCAACUAAGCCGACGUCGGUCGCCUCUCCCUCGCUCAAAGAUUUAUUUAUGUGUAUUUCUCGCCCUCAAUUACCGAAAUGGCCGGAUCGUUCUAGAAAAGAUGCUGGUGG